AUGUCUUCCUAUGCGGCGAUAAGCGCUGGACCCUCCGAGCACGAGGACAGGCCGGCAAGCGCGGCCUCACACAGAGGCAGACGGUCGCGCCAUGGCAAACGAGACGUUGGCUUCACCGGACAGGCUACAUGGGCAAGCAGUGUCAUUAAUCUGGUCAACACAAUCUUGGGAGCAGGCCUCCUGGCCAUGCCGCACGCCCUGUCGCAAAUGGGCAUUCUACUAGGAUGCUGCGUUAUCGUGUGGUCAGGUCUCACAGCGGGCUUCGGCCUCUACCUUCAAACUCGAUGCGCCAAAUACCUCGAUCGUGGAACCGCCUCCUUCGCCUCGCUCUCGAAAAUAACAUACCCCAAUGCUGCCGUCGUUUUCGAUGCCGCGAUCGCCAUCAAGUGCUUCGGUGUCGGAGUCAGUUACUUGAUCAUCAUCGGAGACCUCAUGCCCGGAGUUGUUAGAGGAUUCAGUGAAGCUGCUGGAGAGAUUGGAUUCCUUGUGGACCGUCAGUUCUGGGUCACAGCUUUCAUGCUCAUUGUCAUUCCCUUGUCUUUCCUCCGUCGGCUUGAUUCCCUCAAGUACACCAGCAUGAUAGCCUUGGUGUCUAUUUCCUACCUUGUUAUUCUUGUUCUCGCCCAUUUCUUCAAGGGAGACACCAUGGCAGAUCGCGGCGAAGUUCACGUCAUCGCUUGGUCGGGACCGGUCGCCGCGCUCUCCGUCUUUCCCGUCGUUGUCUUUGCCUAUACAUGCCACCAGAAUAUGUUUUCCAUUCUCAACGAAAUCUUUGACAACUCCCACUUCCGCACCACGUCCGUUGUCAGCGCCAGCAUUGGUUUGGCCUGCUCCCUUUAUAUUCUCGUUGGCAUCACCGGAUAUCUUUCAUAUGGCGAUAAAGUUGGCGGCAACAUCGUCAGCAUGUAUGCUCCAUCCGUUGCUUCGACUAUCGGCCGUCUGGCAAUUGUCAUUCUGGUUAUGUUCUCCUAUCCUCUGCAAGUUCACCCGUGCCGUGCUUCCAUUGAUGCGGUCGUAAGUUGGCGACCGCAGCGAACUUCCAACUCUUCUCGCACGAGCAAUACCGAAGGCUCUCCCUCGAGCGAGCACAGCGCUCCGCUACUUGGGCCGCCUAAGCCGAACAACGGGCCCAUUGCUGCUCCUCUGCAGCCCAAGGCUGAACCAAUGAGCGAGAUGCGUUUCGCCAUCAUCACGACCACCAUUAUCGUGCUCAGUUAUAUAACAGCCAUGUCCGUUUCCUCACUCGAAAAGGUGCUUGCAUACGUUGGCAGCACCGGAAGCACGGCCAUCAGCUUCAUUCUCCCGGGCAUCUUUUAUUAUAAGAUUUCAUCCCCUGAAAGCCCGCACCACCAGCGUCUUCUCAAGGACGAGGACGACGAGGAAGAGUGGAAUUCCGGAGACGAAGAGAACAUGACGGAGUCAGGACUUCUGAUUAGAAAUUUGGUGACCAAGACGAGAAGCUUCAGAAGGGGUCUUUUGAGGAAGUUGAGCCUGGCCCUGGCGAUCUAUGGUUUGGUUGUCAUGGUUGUUUGCUUGGGGACCAAUACUUUCUUGAUCGCGGCGCACUAG